CAUUUUCUCAUUUGUGGAAGACGUUGACUGGUUGUCAUUCCGCGGCAAUAAUCAGGAAAGCAAAAAAUAACCCUAAUUUCCAGCACUUUCAUUUUGAUUGCAUCUUUUUGGCGGUCUGCUUUUGUCAUUGAAUAACACGGACAGAACCAACAAUGGAGAUGGAGGAAGAAAGAAUUGGGAUGGUCUUAGUAAGAGUUUCUGAAUUACGCUCCAAAAUUGCUAAUUGCAUUCACCAUUCUACAACUGAAGUAACUCCAAACAAUGGUGAUUCUGAUCCUUCUUCUGUUGAUGAAGAUACAGAAGCCCUUUUGAAUAUUUGCUACGCUUUUGAUUCUCUUGAGUCUCAACUUGCUUGUCUGCAGGCUUUAGGACAACAGCAGCAAUACCAAAAAGAAGCUUUAAUAGGAGAUAUUGAGUUGAGUCGUAAGACGUUGCUUAAGAAGCUCAGUGAGUAUAAAGGGGAACAAUUAGAUGUCUUACGAGAGGCAGAAGCUUUUGCAAGUAUGAAGGUGGAGCACGACAACGAAUUGCUACUUCCACCAUAUCCAGUCCACUCUCCUCAUUCUCUGGUGCUAGACAAAAGCUAUCCCUCACGUUCUCCAUAUUCACGUAAACUCUCACAACAUGCUCUUAAUGGAGGGAAUGAGACAAAGAACAAUCAAACUCAUCUUAAACCUAACAAGUUAACGGGGGGAUUGAAGUUUCUCGUUCAUUCCACUGCCAAGAUGGUGCUUACAAUUGUCGGUGUCAUUUCUCUUCUAAAUUUGGCUGGAUUUGAACCUCGACUUCAGAAGAAAGGUACUAAUAAUAUUAACAUCUUAACCCUGUUCCUAAGACCUAAUGCUGGAAAAAGGGGGAUUGUCGGACACUGCCCACCAGGGAAAGUGGCAGUCACGGAGCAUGGUGAAAUUCGUUGCAUUGUGAAGGAGAGAGUUGAAAUUCCAUUCGAUUCAGCCGCUGGUAAUCCUGACGUCAGUUAUGGUUGCGGUUGAAAUGGCAUGUGUUUACCGCGUUUUUUGUAUAUCCUGCCUUCAUGUCAAGUAAAGUUGAUUUCUUUUCCUUUCUAAUGUUCAAACGACACAGUUGAUGAUUAAUUGUUUGCUUUCCCAUUGUACAUCUAGUAUAUUGUGGAAGAAGAUGGAAUCAAAAUCAGAUACCCCAUUAGUAUUACAAGCUUCAUGACCAUUGUCUUUCUCUUGAUUUAUUUUGGGCAAUUAGUAAGCAUAAAGCUGUGACGGCGUCCAUGUGCCUGUUAACCAUUCCGAAGAAAUAUGGUCCUAGUAGGUUGUGAUCUUCGUUUAUUCCUUCCUGCAGAGGGUUGUUGAACCAGACUACCCCAACCUAAACGUAGUGCUAGUUUUUGCGUAGAGGUGGCUGGGUCGGAAAAGGUGAAGGAACAAAUGUGGUGGAGCUUGGAAGGUUACCACUGUUGAUUACCAUGGCCGAAGCCAAAACUAACCAGAGGGAAUGAUUGGUGUAAACAUCCAAUCUCUUACUAAAUCAGCUUUUCCCGGCCUAACUUAUCCUUGAAAUUAAAUUAAAUAUACUUAUGUGAACCCUGAUGGACCUCGAUCUUUCAGAUUUUGCUACAUAUUCAAGCACCAAUUUUAUGUUUAUUGAUAUUAUCUAAUUUUCUAUCGCAUCAAAUUUGCCUCAUUUUUCAUAUUAAUUUGUUUUAAUAAAUUUACUUAUCACCCACUACUUUAUGCUUUAUUAACUCAUUUAUUUUUUAAUAUUCCACUAUAUUAACCUAUUAUAUCCCAUUUUCGUGCCAAAAGCAACGGAAGCUAUUUGGUUGGGAUGGUGUAUAUGUGACAACCAAAUCAAAAAUUUCCAAAGCAGAAUAUGUUGCAUGAGCAGCCCUCGUGGGCUAUGGACCACCUGGAAAGCAAGAACACAUCUUAUGAAGACAAGUAUAGCACUGGGCUUGUGGCGAUCUCUGACAAAACGAAUUGAAGAUGAGGUAAGCUAUGACGUUGAGAAUUGAGAAAAUCCGCCCAUCUAGCAUUUGUCAUCUAGCGACACUUGUAGAUUUUUUGUCAAUUAAAACUUUUUAAAUGUAGAAAGUGUCGUGGGUUAAAAAAUUGAGUUUGAAUCAACCGAAAUAAUAUUAAGUUAAUUAAAAAACUGACUUUAAAAUUAUUUAAAAGUAUUGUGAAUGAACUAUGUCAAUGGUGAAGAAACAAACACAAAAACAAGUGUAAAGAACACAACCCAAAACAGAACAAGCAAUAACAAUGGCAAAUACACAAGAAAUAUGAGGUAUUUAGUAAUAUCUUCCCCUCAAAACAAGUAUCUUAUCAUUAAUAUACUCAACAAUAGAUUAAUGACUCAUCUUACAAGCUUCAAGAACAACCUCUCAAAGCAAAGAUUGAACCUUUGAUGUCAAUCUCUCUCAUAUGCCCUAAUACAAUGGGAGAAAACUCUCUUGGCUAAAACCCUAGUUAACUUUUAGUAUUAGGCUCUCACAUAAACCCUAAUGAACUCCUAAGACCCCUUAUAUAGUCCUAAGACAUGUUUGGGAGCCUUAAGACCAAUGGCAUAAAAGCCCACAAAAACCAAACAUAAAACUGAAAAACAUUUUGUUUCUUCGCUGCAUACCGCUUGAUCGAGUAGGGAGGGCUCGACCGGUCUAGCAACAUCACUGAUCCUACUGCCUUGCUCCUGCGUUAAGGCUCAAUCGAGUCUCGUACACUUGAUGGGUCGAGCAGCCUUCAACCCUCUCAAUCUUCGUGCCUUACCUUCACUAAGACGCCCCAAAUCAUCAUCAUUAAUCACUUCAUUAAUGACCAAAACCUUAGCACUCUAUAUCCAAUGACACACCCCACACCACUUUUA